UCGUCUUUUCUUUAGUUUAUUUUAAAGAUCUCAAAACGGCGUUGAGAACUCCCGCAGAAAUAAAAGAAGAACGAGAGAGAGAGAGCGAGCGAGUGCCAGAGCUUGCCUCCAGAUCUGCACAAUCCACGGCCGAUUCUCUCACAACCUACAUCUGACUGUAUAGGUUUCGUUGAUCAGGAAUUAUGUCGAGGAGGUCAGUAAAUCCGAGCGCGAGGCGCUUUGCUGAUAGCUCUACCGUACCAUUGACAAAUACUUUUCAUCAGAAGUCCCGGUCCUCAUCUAUGUUAUCUGUUGGAUUGAUUCUCCUGGGAGCUUUUCUUCUCAUUGCCUAUUCUUACAGUAGUUCAGGUGGUUUUGGUAGUAGCGACAGAGAAGCUUUGUUGAGAUAUGAUGGUGACCAUUCAUGCACAUCCGAAGUUUUGAGAGCACUGCCUCUUCUGCAGAAGGCAUAUGGCGACAGCAUGCACAAUGUUUUGCAUGUUGGCCCUGAUACAUGUGCAGUUGUCUCUAAACUGCUGAAAGAAGAUGAUACAGAAGCUUGGGGUGUGGAACCAUAUGACUUGGAAGAUGCGGACAACAGUUGCAAGUCGCUUGUGCACAAGGGCCUAGUCCGUGUUGCUGAUAUCAAGUUCCCUCUGCCUUACAGGGCAAAGUCAUUUUCUGUUGUCAUUGUUUCAGAUGCGUUGGACUAUCUCUCCCCAAAGUACCUCAAUAAGACUCUUCCUGAACUUGCCAGAGUAUCAAAAGAUGGGCUUGUUUUAUUUGCUGGUUAUCCUGGUAACCGUAGAGCUAAACUGCCAGAAGCAUCAAGAUUUGGGAGACCUGCAAAGCUGCGAAGCCAGUCCUGGUGGAUCCGGUACUUUUUGCAGACAGAUUUGCAAGACAAUGAAGCAAUUGCCAAAAAAUUCGAGCAGGCUGCAGAAAAGAGGUCAUACAGACCUGGUUGCCAGAUUUUCCACCUGAAAGCUUAGGCUGAACCGGUCCACAGAGCAAAGUUUUCAUUCACGUCAAAGAAUUUUGUGCAGCCUGAUUUGAUUCUGAUAAUGUUAUUUCUUAUUCCUUCGGGUGAAGGUCAGCCAUGCGUCAGGCUUUCCCAGUUUUCUUUUGGUGUACUUAUUUAAAGCUCGGCUCGAUAGGUCUGCUGUCAAUUGGCGGCUGUUAAAAGAGGGAAACGCUAUGCAAAAUUUGUAUCUAGGCCAUCUAGAGAACUAUGUAAGAGGGUAGGUAGUACCUGGAUGGAAGUUCCAUAUUGAAUUUGUUUACACGAACGCUCAAUUUGCUGCAGAUGGCAUUCUGUGCAAAGUGGGAACUUUAAGAUGCUUUGAUGUUAAAAUGGAGAUAAAUUAUCCAUAA